GGCGAACAUUUCGUUUUCAAGGUCAAACCUUCUUUUUGGCUCACUCAAUUAUUUCUGUUCUAAUCAGUUCUUAUUCAGCUCUGGUAUGGCAGCUCCAGUGUGGGGUCUUUAAUACAGGGACAAAAAUUGUAGGUGCUAAAAGUUUUUGAACUGUUAAUUUUAUUUGGAAGGUAUAAAACCGAAUGACCAAUAAUAUUGACGUUGUUACGGCUAUUCAUUGCAAUCGUUCUGAAAAUAAACUAUCCCGGUCGAAUUCAGAUGCCAGUUGUAAAGCAAAACGUCGGGUGCGUUUCCCAGAGGAUGAUGCACUAAUAUCAGACUAUUUGGAGCCGUUUCGACUAGUCCCAGAUAAUUGUUCAAGUGAAGAGUUGUUAGCAGCCUAUUUAUCCUCUUGUUAUGAAUAUAAAGUUGCGCCUAUUGAAUUUCUAUUAGAACAAUUAAAGGGUAUCGAUUUAUCGAUUUGCAAUGAACGCUACAGUCGUCUCAGUUUAAGAGGUAUUCGAUUGAAUCGAUUUCAUAUUGAAACUAUGGAGGAGAUAUUUCGACGUGUGCAUUUCAGAGAAAUAGACUUGGAGCAUACAUUUUUAGAUGAACAGUCUGCGUCAUCCUUGUUCGAUAUGCUGUUGCAUUAUGAAAGUUGUACAGAUUUGGGGAUUAGCUUAAAUUUGGAUAGAUCCGGUGCUAGUCAAGCAUGGAGUCGGUGUGUUACUUACAUCAGAAAAUCAUUUGCAUUGCGUCAUUUCACUUUAAGUCAUACACCAUUAGAUAUUGGAAAUUUUCUUGGUUUAAGUUUUUAUGGUCUAUGCGUGGAGCGCCUGUCCUUUAUUGAUUGUAAUCUCUCUGGUCAAGGUUUAUUUGGCUUAGCUCAAUGGUUACGUGUCUUAUUGAGUUCAUCAAGUCUACAUCCACCUGUACGUGAUAGAUCAACCAGUUCUGGUGGAAUGCAUAAAUUUCGUGGAUGGAAGCAUCGAAUGCAUUCACAUUCUGUGUUUUUCCCUAAUAAAAUUACAACAACAACAACAUCAAAUACUGCUACAACAACUACCACAACUACAACUAAUAAUAGUACCGGGGCUACUUCUGACACUGCUUCCUCCACUACUGCUAAGACAAAGAUCACCGCCGGUGAUGUACAUAAACCAUCUGUAUGGGAAUUAAAAUUAUGCUUAACGAAUAAUAAAUUAAUAGCAUCUGAUGCUGAAACAUUAGUACCUUUAAUACGUCAUCAAUUGCUUGUUCCUGUAAUGCCUCAAACAAAGCCUAACAUCAUAUCCAAUAAUACAAAUCAUGAUGAUUCAUCAGAUAAAUUAUUCAAUGAUUCGUGUACAAAAUUUCCAAAACUUCAAAAAUCUAAUUCUAUAUCAUCGCCAUCAUCAUUAUCCUCAUCAUCAUUAAUGGUGUGCAAUAAUCUUCCGGUUGGUGGAAUUGGCUACCUACAUGAACUAGACUUAUCCCAUAAUAAUAUUGGUGAUGAUGGAUUAGUCAUUCUAUGCACUGGAUUACUUCAAGCCUAUCGAAAUCGUCUACGUGAUCGUUCAUCUACACCGAACAAUCAAGACUCUAUUGAAAAAGCAGUAUCAUGCUCCUCCUCGUUAAGUGAAUCACUGAAUGAAUCAGAACUUCAGGAUACAAAAACAGAAUCAGCUGACACAAACAUUCCACCAAUGAAAGUUCGUGGAUUGGAACGUUUAUCUCUUGUCAAUAAUAAUCUAGGCGUACAUGGUAUGCAAUCACUGGCGCUGGUGUUAAUGCAAACACCAGAAUCUUUGGUGUCAUUAGUCGGUGGUUUAGUCAGUUUAGAUUUAAGCUGUAAUAUGAAUAUUGGUGAUAAAGGUGUUGAAAUUCUAAGUGAAGGUUUAAUUCGAAAUCAUAGUCUGAAAGAAUUAUAUCUUCGAUCAAUUCGUAUGUCUUUUCCAGGCAUAUUUGCUCUAUCCAGUUUCCUUACUGAAUCUAAAUGUUUAAAACAUUUGGAUAUACGUAAUAAUGAAUUAGAUUUAGCCUCUUUAAUGGCUUUAUCAAAAACACUGUACAUCAAUAGAACAUUGACCAGUCUAUUUACAGAUGCACGUCGUUUAUUGAGCAGUGAACUGUAUAUAGCUGAUAAGGACAAGGAAUUAUUUGACUCUUUAGUUAAAAAUAUCGAAGCCAAUCUGAGACGGAAUCGUCUUGAAUCAGAACCGCCGAAUAAAGAUAGUAAUAAUAAUAAUAACAAUGAUACCAGUAAUGAUCAUAAUAUUAGCAGCAGCAGUAAUAAUAGUAGUAGUGGUAAAGAUGUCGCAUAUACAAACUGUAGUACAACAACAUCCAUAAAUAAUAAUAAUGAUAAUGAUAAUCCAAUUGCAGAUGUUGUCAAUCAGUCUGUCUCAUCGGAACAGUCUGAUUCAUUCAUCACGAAUAUCUCCAGUCCAAUAGAUAACGAUGAUAAUAAUAAUAUUAGUAAUAAUAAUGAUCAUCAAUCUAUAAUGAGUAAUCACGAUGUAUUACCAGUGGAGAAGACAGAAUAUUCAGAAGAGAUGAUAAUAGCAACAGACAAUUGUACUCCCGUUCAUGAGAAUGAUAUUAGUAAUAGUAAUAACAAUAUCUCAGGUGAUGCAUGUAAAGUGAAUGGUGGGAAUGAAGGUGCUGAAGAAAUGAAUGACCAUCUGAAGUAUACAAUAAAUUCCAUUGAUGGCGAUGAUGAUCCCUUAAAUGAAUUGACUGAUCAUUCCAUGGACUCUAAACCAUUACCAACAACAACAGAAUCAUCAACAGCACAGAUCAUGGAUAUAACAAAUAUGAAUGAUAGAAUUUUAAAAUUAUCCGUUGAUGAAUUAACUGAAGAUGGGGAUGAAGACGAUAAAUUAAUAACCAUUCCUUUAUCUAAUGAUACUUCUAAUAGUAUUAUACCAAAUAUACUAACUAAUAAUCAACAUGAAUUAUUGAACAAUUCAAAUGAUGCUGACUUGUUCAAUGUACAAUCGGCGGGAAAUUUAUUUCCUGUUGAUACAGUAAAACAAAAUUAUAACAAUAUUAAUAAUUCUAUUGAUCAAAGUGUUCAUAUAAAUAAUGAUAAUUCAAAUGAAGGCAUUCAUCAUAAAAAUGUUAAUAAACAAAAGUUAAAGAAAAAUAAAAGAAUGAAUAAUAAUAAUAGUAAUAAGCACAAUUCGUCAUCUUCCUCGUCUUCUACUACUUUGAAGAAUCAUUCUAAAGUGAAUUCAACAGAACGCAGUUGAACUCUUGCUCCUUUUUUUUUCUUACCCUGUAUACUCUUCUCCUACCGGCUGUGAUUACCUUUGCAUUCAGUGUAAAUGAAAGACAGACAAACAAAAACAGGAAAUCUCAAAGUAUUUCUUCAUUCCCUUGGAAUACUUUCCGCGUCUUCGCCAUUUCUCUUUUGUUUUAUACGCAUUCUUCAUAUGCAAUAUAUAUAUAUAAAUAUAAAUACAAUAAAGUGUAAUUAGGUGUGUAAAACCUUAGAUACAGAAGAAGAAGACGAAGGAGAAAAAGGAACAAACAACAAACUGUCUGUAAUAUUCCUAUCCCCCUGUAAAUCUCAUUUUCAGUUGUUGUUGGUUGUUGUUGCUUGUUUGUUUUGUUGAUGUUGCUCACAGUGACUAUUUUUUGUUUUGUUUUGUUUUGGUCUUCAGAAACACAAUAAAAACAACAGCAUUAGAAGGGCAUUGUUUUUUUGUUUACUGUUUCAGAAAACAAAAAUCUCAUAAUUUCCUUUUGUAUUUCCUCAUCUUUCUUGUUACACAACUGGUGGUAAAUAUAAUGACUCUCUCUUUAUAAACUUUUAUUUUCUCACACCGCGCGUGUGUGUGCAUAUCGAUUGACUUAUGUACUGCGUCCCCUCCUUCUUCAUUUUGUUUCCAUAAUGUACUUGUGUUUGUUUGAGCACAUGUGUAUGCUCGCUCAUAUAUCUAUGCAAUACUGACGUUGGCUAUUGAUUGCAUCGUUUGUAUCGUUUCUCAGCUCCACUGACACUUACGUGGUCUCUUUUAUUAGUUCUAUUAUUGUUAUUAUUAUUACUUACGGUGAGUCUCAUUAUAAUGCAAUAAACAUGUCUAAACUAUUGAAUAUUAUACGGUAUAUUUGUGACAUUUUUUUUUGAUAAACGGGGUAUGAAUCUCAUCUAGCACUAUAUAUACAUACAUACACUAUUCUCAAUGCCUUCCUGCUCACGUCCUCUGUCUCUUCUCAACCUAUUUCUCUCUAUAUCUGUCGAUUGGGAAUAGUAUUCAUCUGUCAUCUGGUAAUUUGUACACAUUUGUACACAUCACUACAAUAAUUCAUAAAAAAAUUGACGCCAAAUAUUAUCUUGAUCAUCCAAUUCUUCUUUAGUCUCUUUUCAUUUUCGUCUACAUUUGUGCGCGCCUAUUCGUAUAUAUACAUUUAAUUUU